AUGACAGAAAGCACUUUGAUUCGCUUGUUGCCUCCAGCAUAUCAAGGAGGGAUAUAUCUACCUGCAAACAGAAGUUCAAAUCCUUUUGUUAUUAGUGACCAGAUUAUGGACAGCACUCCCGAAUGUGAUGGUCACCAACAAUCUUCAGUUACUGGAAAAAAUGUACUAUCAGCCUUUUUUGGGCAGUUGGUGGCAGAAGAAAUUCUGGAUACUCGAAGAUCAGCUUGUCCACCAGAUUAUUUCAGCAUCGAUAUUCCUAAAGGACAUUAUUUUAAUCAAACGGGUCUCAGGCAAAUGCCCUUUAUUCGGUCCAGUUAUGACAAGAAAAGUGGGCAGUCAUCUAAUAAUCCUAGAAAACAAUUCAACCUUGCAACUGCCUGGAUUGAUGGAAGCGUAAUAUAUGGACGUACUAAAUCUGAAUCAGAUGCUCUGAGAUCUUUCAAAAACGGUCACUUGGCUCCUAAUCCUGAUGAUCCAUUUUUCCCUGCCUCAAAUGAUAAUUAUCUGACUUACUUAAACCCAGCUAGAAAUUUUAAAGAGAACAAGAUAAUGAAAGAUAACUUUAGGCUUGGAAAUCGACUAGCUCAUGAGAGUCCCUUCCUUUUGAUGCUGAACAUAGUUUUUUUCCGCUGGCAUAAUUAUCUAGCUGAUUCCAUCUGUGAUAAGGAAUUUGAUGAUGACAAGUGUUACAAUGAAGCAAGGAAAUGGGUUAUUGCCACACUACAGAACAUAAUUCUGAAUGAAUGGCUUCCUGUUUUUCUGGAUGAAACCAUUCCCGAGUAUGAAAGAUAUGAUCCCAGCAUCGAUCCCAGUGUUUCGAAUUCAUUCCAAAUGGCUAUGAGAUUUGGACACACUUUAGUUCCAGAAGCAAUUUACGCUCGAAAAAAAGUUGGGCAAAAUCAUUGUGAAGAAUCGCUGAUUCGUCUCUGUGAUAGUUUUUACAAUGCACGAGAUAUCCUUUAUAAUCAUACUAUUGAUUACUUAAUUUUGGGAAUGACUUAUCAAGCAGCUAAAAAAGAAGACAACUUAAUUGUUAGUGACUUACGUCGUUUUAUGUAUGGCCCUCCUGAAUUUACUCGAGUUGAUUUAAUGGCAUUAAAUAUUCAGCGUGGAAGAGACCAUGGCUUGCCAGGCUAUGGCCAUGCAUUUAAAAUGUUGUUUCCCAAAGAAAAGGCAAAUGCAGAUUUCAAUUUGCUAACAAAAGGAGAUGUUACUAAACAGGAUCUUGAAAGUUUGUAUUCAUCUAUAGAUGAUGUUGAUCUCUUUGUUGGUGGCCUGCUAGAAGCAGAUGGAGGUCUUGGUCCUGUAUUUAAAUCUAUAAUAAGGGAGCAGUUUCUGAGGAUUCGUAAUGGAGAUCGAUUUUGGUUUCAAAAUACUGAAAAUGGACUUUUUACUGAGGAGCAAGUAAAUGCCAUUAAAAAAAUUAAGAUGUAUGAUGUGAUUGUAGCAGUGACUCAACAUAUUGGACGUAAUGAUCUCCCCGAUCAUGUGUUUCAGUUACCAAUGGAAAAACCAGAACAUGAAUCCUUAACUUGCAUCAGUGGCUUGGUCAAGUACAGUUGUGAUACUUGUGGAUCAAACAACUUCCUGGCUCUUCCUCCGAUUGUGGAUUCCAACCUGGAUUGUCCUUUCUCUGCCAAUGCUCCUCCAUGUCACCAAGCAAAACCACUGACACAUGAUUACUUUGCUGGUAGUGAACCUGCAUUUGUUCUAACUUUUCUUUUCCUCUUCUUAUUCAUUUUAGGUUGCAUUGUGACUUUAUUUGUACUGGUACAAAUACGUAAAAAAGAAGCAAGUCGUGUGCGACAUUCCGUCAAGCAUCAAAAAAAUAUUUUCUCUGGUGAAAAUUCCUGUUUAGUUACUGAAUGGAUUGGCAAGAGUGAAGGCUUUCGAGAUGUUAUGAUAUUAUUUGCACCUGAUAAAAAACAGCUUUCAGUAUGUCUCCUCAAGAAACAGGUUUUACGCACCAUCGACUUUAAACCAGUGCAAAAGGUUGACUUGCAUGUCAGUGUGGGAGGACACUUGCAUUACGUACUGAUGCACAUUGCACGUGAAUAUGAUUUGGUCUUAAAAUUUGAAUCUUUGGAAGAAAAAAACAACUUUGUUGAGAAAUUGGAGACAUUUUUAGGAAGAAUAGGAAUUGGUCGUCAGCGAUAUGAGUCUGCUGUUUCCCACAUGCUCAGAUCUGCUGUCACCAAAGCAGAUAGACAAAUGCAGUUAGAAAAGUUUUUCCGAUGUGUAUUUGCUCAAGCAUUUUCCAUCCAUCAAGAUGAAUUGAUGGACAUUGAUUACAAUCAAGCGAAAGAAAUUGUCAAAGUUGAGCUCACAGCAUACGAAUUCGCGGAAGCUUUGUCCUUGCGGCCAGAUGCUCUGUUUGUGAAGCAAAUGUUUGCCCUUAUUGAUGCAGAUGGGAAUGGUUACAUUUCAUUCCGAGAGUUUCUGAAUGUCAUUGUCAUUUUUGCAAAAGGUAGCCCUGAAGACAAAAUUAAACUGAUGUUCGACAUGUAUGACAUAGAUCGAUCAGGAAAGCUAUCUCGUCAUGAAUUCUCAGACAUGAUUAGAUCAAUGCUGGAACUUGCAAAUCAAUCCUUAUCAUCCUCUCAAUUAGACGAACUCACAGAAGCAAUGUUUCCUUCUUGUGACAACAAGCAAGAAAUGACAUUUGCUGAUUUUUCACACAUUUUAGCUGAUCAUAGAGAAGAGUUGGGAUAUGUGCAGCUCAGUUUCAAUGUUGGAGAAGAGUAUAAAACAACACCACAAGCUGCCCGUAAAAGUGUUGCUAUGAGAGCUGAAGAAACUGUUGUUAGGGCAUAUAGCAUUUUAGGGGAACCAAAAGCUCCCUUGCAAAGGAAACAAGGCACUUUGCUGAGAGUGGAGACAAAGCCAAUGAUUUAUGAAAGUGAUCCAACAAAACAGAAGGUUAAUAAAAUUAUCCGCUUCAUUGAAAAUUACAAGCCUCAUAUUUUUUGGACAGUCCUGUACACAUUAAUCAUGUUCGGCAUUUUUAUUCAGAAGGCAUAUUACUACUCUGUUGAAGCUGAGCACAAUGGUCUCAGAAGAAUCGCUGGUGGUGGAGUAACGAUCACACGAGGGGCAGCAAGUUCUAUGAUGUUUGCAUUUGCAACAAUACUCUUGACGAUGUGCCGCAAUACCAUAACGUUUCUUCGAGAAACCUUCUUCCACAAGUAUAUUCCAUUCGAUGCAGCCAUAUCCUUUCAUAAGUACAUAGCAUUUUGGGCUCUCAUAUUUUCAACAUUUCACGCUAUUGGUCAUGCAAUCAAUUUUUAUCAUGCUGCUACUCAAACAGUGAUUGACUUGGCAUGCCUCUUUCCUAACUUUCAUUUUGACCCAAGAAAUCCACCAAAAGUCUCCUAUUGGCUGUUUCAAACCAUCACAGGAAUCACAGGGAUAUUUCUAGUAAUUUUGCUCAGCCUCAUGUAUGUAUUUGCCGUGCAGUUUUCCCGCAGACACGUUUUUAAUGCCUUUUGGAAGACACACAAUUUGUAUCCAGUUUUAUACAUUCUGAUGAUACUUCAUGGCAUCGGAUUUGUGAUACAAGGUCCUAUAUUUUACCAUUACUUGCUUUUCCCUUGUGUUUUGUUUACCGUGGAUAUGCUCAUCAGUGUUAGUCGCAAGAAAACUGAAAUACCUGUAGUGAAAGCAGAAUUACUUCCUUCAGCUGUAACUCAUUUGGAGUUCAAAAAGCCGGAUAACUUUGAAUAUAAAAGUGGACAAUGGGUAAGAAUAGCCUGUGUUCCUUUGAACAAAAACGAAUAUCAUCCUUUCACUCUGUCUUCAGCCCCUCAUGAAGAAAACCUAAGUUUACACAUCAGAGCCGUUGGGCCUUGGACUAUGAACUUGCGGAAUAUUUAUGAUCCUAAUAAUCUACAGCAACAUGCAUAUCCAAAAAUUUAUCUGGAUGGACCAUUUGGUGAAGGACACCAAGAUUGGUUUAGGUAUGAUGUGUCUGUUUUGGUAGGAGGAGGGAUAGGCAUAACUCCAUUUGCAUCUAUCUUGAAAGAUAUUGUCUUCAAGUCAUCAUUGAAACAUAAAAUAUUCUGCAAAAAGCUUUACUUCAUCUGGGUUACUAGAAGCCAGAAGCAGUUCGAAUGGAUGAUCGACAUUAUCCAAGAAGUAGAAAAGAAUGAUCCAGAUGGACUUGUUGAUGUUCACAUUUUCAUAACCCAAUUUUACCAGAAGUUUGAUUUACGAACAACAAUGCUCUACAUUUGUGAGCGCCAUUUUCAAAGAGUAUGUGGAAGAAGUUUAUUCACUGGACUACGAUCAAAAACUCAUUUUGGAAGACCCGAUUUUGACUUAUUCUUCAACUCCCUGAGGCAAGAACAUUCAGAUGUGAGUAAAAUAGCUGUGUUCAGUUGUGGACCUCCUCUGAUGACUAGAAGUGUACAACUUUCUUGUGAUGAACUUAACAAGCAUGAAGGAGCCAUUUUUGUACAUCAUUAUGAAAACUUUUGAAGAGAAGAUUUAAAAUAAAUUUUAAUAAAAUGU